CGCAGCUCAGUCGGGAGGAGGAGGAGGCGGCGGCGGCGGGCGGCGGUUUCCGUUGUUGGCGCGCGAGCGGUGGUGGUUGGGCGGUUGCGCGCGCGCAAGAUGAGUGAAUCUCUGGUGGUUUGUGAUGUUGCUGAAGACCUGGUGGAGAAACUGAGAAAAUUCCGGUUUCGUAAAGAAACCAACAAUGCUGCCAUUAUAAUGAAAAUCGACAAGGAUAAGCAGUUGGUGGUACUGGAUGAGGAGCAUGAGGGUAUUUCUCCUGACGAACUAAAAGAUGAGCUGCCUGAGAGACAACCUCGAUUUAUUGUGUAUAGUUACAAGUAUCAGCAUGAUGAUGGAAGAGUUUCUUAUCCAUUGUGCUUUAUCUUCUCCAGUCCAGUUGGAUGUAAGCCUGAACAGCAGAUGAUGUAUGCUGGAAGCAAGAAUAAGCUUGUACAGACAGCUGAACUCACUAAGGUAUUUGAAAUAAGAAAUACAGAAGACUUAACUGAAGAAUGGCUGCGUGAGAAACUGGGCUUCUUCCAUUAAGAAAACCUCUGUAAUAAGUAUUUAUGUACCAUCCUGAUAAUACUGGAACCAGACAUGAAUACUUACAUCUAAAAAAUGCACUGUAUUUACAUCUGUCUCCUGCAGUAUAUCUCUUGUGCAAAGUUUGUGCAAAGAAUAGCAGGUCUGUCUCCUUGAAGUAACCAUCUUUGCAGGUGUUUCCUUAUUUGUACCUGUUAAAAGGGAAUACUCCUCUGCAGGGACUCCUUUUGCACUCUUGUGACUAAUAUUUCUAUAACUAAAAUAGUUCAGUUCUGGAUUUAUAAUUAUCUACAAACGUAAUUUGGAAGCUGACGCUAACUUUUUCUGAGCUACAAAUGCAUCCUUAUGACAUAUACUAGCCAUUUAUAUGCAGAAAUUGUGUACUGUCACUUAACGUUUCAGACUUUUUGACUUAAUGUCUUAAUUUUGAAAACUACUCCCUGGAAGCAUUUAGUAUUAAAAAGACAAAAUCCUCGUACAGCAAAUCCAUCCAUUUAACUUUCCAUCAAGUCCACGUGAACUUUCUCAAAUUCUUGGAACUAAUUUUUAUCAUUCCAAUAAUUCCUCAGUUGACUGAGUCAAUCUUACUAAAUUUCAGGGCAAAGCUUUGACUGUCCAGUUCUCAUGCUAAUGUAGUCUUACAGGAACUAGGUGAUAACUAAGGGCUGAAUUACAACUCUGGUUACUCUUGUACCAGAUGUCUUGCAUUUAUAACUUAUUACACUGUUAUGAAGUUUACCUCUUUGCUCAUUUCCUGUUAUAUGGACACCUGUUAAUACUGUGUGCCUUUAAUUUGUUAGCUUUAAAAUGACUUGAGAAUUUUACACUGCCACUUACAAAUUUGGUAAAAACUUUGGUAAAGAAUCCAAGUAACAUUUUUUCCUAGUGCCUAGUGUUGCAGUUGACAUCUAUUUAAAAAAAAAAAGCGAACCUCAUUUUCUUUGAAAUUCCAGUCAUCUACUCCAUUUGUAGGAGUCAGGAGGUUAAAGCUUUUCAUAAUAAUGAAUGAUUUAUAUCUCUUUUGUUACAAAAGUUGGCCACAUAUAGCUUUUGAGUACUUUAAUUACAGUCUCUAACUUUCUUAACGGCUUGUUGGUCAAAAUUACAUUCCAGAUAAAGCUUUUGCAUAAGUGAUAAUUUGAUUUUGAUUUACUUACGGUUCAUCUCUUUGAAACAGCAAAUAUUCUAAUGUGAAAAUAGUAUUUAACUUUUAUAAAUGACCAGUCUUUUUACAGGUCUGUUUUAUAUUGAAUAGAGUAGUUGUCUGAUAUGGGACAUGUUCAGCCUGUGCAGUGGCAAAAGGAGUACUCAUGUGACAGUAUCUCACUAUCUUGCUCAUGAGUGUUUGUUGUGCUGCUGAACAAGUAUCUGCGUAAGAGCAGCUUCCUGUUGAUAAUGUACCUUAAAAUACAGCUGCCCUAACAAAUCUGUUCGGUGAGAAGGAAUGCAGUGUUAAAUUUGGAGGCCAGUAUUUCAUGCUGUGAAACCUUUGCUGAAAGAAGGUUUAUUUUUCGUUUGCAAACAUCUGUUGUGUUAGUGUUAAAACACUAAUUCCUCUAAGAUCACAAGGAAUUCAUUUGCAGAGGUCCUCAGUGUUGGAAAUAUCAUCUUAGUUUGAUGUUACUAUGCAUUUAUUUGUAUAUAAAUCUGACUUGAGAGGAGCUUUUAAAAAUACAUGUUAGAAUGAUCCAAUUAAAUUGAUCUUUCAGUGCAGGAAAGAAAUGCUUGUAAUUACAAUUAAAUUUCUGUGUAUUGAACUGGAAAAGCAAUUUCAUUUCCCUGGACAAAAAAAUGUUGAUUAUGAAACUGUUGCUUGAUCGUUCUGUACUACAGAUCAAUAAAAACAAUGUCUUUUGUGACAAACAUUGUAUAAAUAAGACUUUGGCUUAAAGAAUACUGUAAUUCUAAGCAUCAGUCUGGAAACAGCAAGAAUCUUGUUUUGUUGGCAUUGUGCUAAAGGUAAGACAUGUCAAAGUACAGCAUGUGUGAGAUGGAAGCUGCCACUUGUAACGUUCAUCUUGAUUUGCAGUCGGGAAAACUGGAUUAAUAAUCUUUGUCAUUGUACUUUGUACACCGGUGGGCUGCCAGCAUCCAACUGCUGCUUGCACAGGUCUUGACAGCAAUAACUGUAAAAGGGGCCUGUCUCUCUCGGGAAGAGAAGGGAGGAGCUACUGCAGUCAAAUGAUUGAAUUUGAUUCUUCAUCUCUGGAUCAGUCCACCUUCUGCCGAGGAAAUAAUGCUACUUAUGACUUUAUCUUCAGUCUGAGUUCUUCUCGGUUCACUUCAGGUGUCCUUACUGCUUCCACUUAAGGACUUUCUGCCUUGGGUGCUGCCGCUCAAGUCCUGUAGAAAGCAAACAAAUCCUGAUGAGAGUAUUAAAGCCCACUUUCUUGUGGAAGGUGAUGUUGAUGCUGUUCAGCCCACCAGUAUUAUUCUUCAAACAGUCUUGCUGGGAAACUGUACCUCCUUCCCCUUGCUGAGCUGUGGAAGCGAGGAAGCAGGUGCAGGUACUUGGAGAAUAAGCGUGCAGAGGAUGUUUGCUGUUCUGGGCUUGUUUGUGGUUUCCUUUUUAAUGCAGUGUUUUGACACAAGUGUCUGCUGCUUACUGUCCUAGGCUCUUGAGAUACAGGUAGUGCUAAUACUUGAUUAAACAAAGACAUUAAUUAUGUCAGAAUCUUUCCUGCACAGAUAUUUGUUUUUGUAACAUACUUUUCCCACCUUAUCUUUAGAACUUUAUUUUCCGUACUGCUUUCUCCUUACGAUCAGUGGGAGGCAGAUGUGUCCGUGUUCAGAAAGCCAGUAUGUUCUGACUGUGCUUUACUAGUGAGUUGCCCAUCUGUAAUCAUACAUUUGUCUUGAAUUUCCAGAUCUCUAAAGAGGGUUCAGGCUAAAGGACAACAUAAAUUAACUAAUGCCACCUAUGGGAGCCUUUGUAGCUAAAGGUCUGAGAGUCAGCAUUUUCCAUUGUAAGCUCCUAUUUUUCAGGAGUUAGUAAGUUGGCCAUAAAAUCCUUGGCCUGGACUUAAAGGUCUCUCAAAGGGAGUCUUCUGCCACAAUUAAUCUGGUUUGCUUUAAAUAUUGAAUAGAUGGCUGGGAUACAGCUCUUGUAAUCCUAUUAAUUGAUGAUAAGCUGAAUUAAAGCAUGAGUUUGCAUGUCAGCCCAUAAAAUGAACUUGUACUAUUUGAAUAUUUUUUAACAAAAAAAAAUUAAACGCUGGUAUUUGAUGGUUUAAGUGUGUUUCUAGUAUCCUGAAUGCUGUUUUGAUCUAUUAAGGGAGGCAAUAAUGCGGGGUGUUGACACCUCUUCACUUCUCCAAAGGAGUAUCUUAUGCAUUUGUACCAGGAUUACAUUUUUGUAUCUUUAACUGUAAAAUAGCUAGUCCAGAAACAAUGUUAAACUGGUAACAGGGGUCUGAAUCAAACAUGCAAAAGCAAGGGAGUUCAUUUCCUCGCUUUAGUGUGCUCAACAAAGAAAUGUCAUGCAACAUGUUUUUUUUGAUACAUCCAUCUGGUAACUGUGAAAUGGAGGUGUGAUGGGAUGUGAGAAGGGGCACAGCGCAGUGCAACCCCUGCUUUUGUUACGUGAUCCAGACUCUGUGACUUAUGUACUGUGACAGGUCAGGGUUGGCACCAGUGCUGCAGGUGGUAAAAGGUCGAGAGGUUCACAGACAGUUUUGAGAAUUUGGCAAUUCCAUGAAAAAAAAUCAGUAACCAGUACAACUUCCAUAUGCUGUUUAGUCUCUGCUCGUUCACAUUGCAUGUUUACUUUAAACCAAAUCUUUUUUUGCUAAGCAUGGUGCUUGUAUUGGUUUAAAUAAAAUGUUUAAUUAAGAGGUUCUGUUGCCCUGUUUUAAUUGCAAAGUAGCACAUCUAGCAUGGGUGUCUGACAGGGGAAAAGCUGUUAAUACCAGGUAUGACUUUUCUCAGCUUCGUGGAGUUUGCUUUGGACUUGUAGUGUGGUCUUCAAUCUCGAAUGUGUUCCCUCACUUGCUCUCCUACCUAAAAUAAUUCCUCUUUCCAUCUGCUGUGAAGGCUGUCAGCAAGGGAGAGGAGAGGACAGCAGCUGGUGCAGUCCUGUGGGAUAACUGCCAUCCUCCUCCGCUGCUUUGCACCUUUGUGUCACAAAACUCAGUGUGUGAGUUGCGUGAGCUGCCAGACAGUGUGGGCGCUCGUUUUCAUUCUGCAAUGCCACUUAGACUUCCAUGUGGCACCUCUCCCACAAGGUCACAGCUCCUGGUGUAACCUGGAGCUGUGAAAUACAAUAUAGAGUGCAGGUGCCAACUGAACCGUGUUAGAGUAGUUGUCAAG